UUAUCAAAAGUUACGUUUAAAACGUCUUACAUGUUCAUUAAAAUUUCAAGAAAUUCAUAGUAAAUAUGUUUAAACAUUACAGGGAGUUGCAGGACGUGGUUUCUCUACUGGUUUAUUGUACAUCCGACAAAUCUUUUCUGUUAUUAAAAGAGACCAGUGGCGAAUAUUGGAUCCCAUCGAUUAAAUCAGAGAAAAAUUCAUGGAAAAUGUCAGCAUAUAAGUUACUGUUUGAGUUGUUCGGCAUGGAGAGCGGGACGCAGCUCUCCCCGCUUCGCGUGAGCAAGGUGUGGCUGCCGGCGCACCCCGCGCCCUGCGUCUACCACGCGGUAUAUAAACUCACCAUCAGAGCUGAUGCCAAGAAACGAUUGAAAGUGAAACCUAGCGUGCGGUACCGCCUGCAGUGGGUAGGCGAGUCGGAGCUGGGGCGGCUGCAGGCGCACUGCGCGCUCUGUUCAACAGCUUGUUAUUAUGUGCAGUGCAACUUGCGCGGCAAGCUGAUCUCUGUGUUCUCGUCGUCGCGGUACUGCGGCGGCGACAACGACUCGGGCGUGGUGCUGCUGCAGGCGGGCAAGCUGCGCCUCAUCAGACUCAGCGACUAA